CUCUCAUAACGACCCUAUACCUUGGCGGAUCCAUAUACCCUCGCACUAUCCGUCACAAUGUCCGCCCCUUCCACGCCAGCGCGCUCCAGCCGCGUCUCCUCUGCCGCGUCGACGCCCGCCAUGCGUGCAUCCCGAUCUCCCAUUGAGCUCACUCCGAGGAGCAAAGUCAAGGCAAUUCUGGCGGGCGCAGGCCUGAGUGACGACUCUGAUGACGAGAUCUCCACGAAGCCGGCAGCACAACCUGUGAAGCACACAGAACAAUCGACGAAAUCCACAGAACCUACCGCGAAGGCAUCGGCACCAAAACCCACAACCAACAUUGUGUCCAGCGAUUCGGAAGACGAUGAUGACGCGCCUGUCCAAAGGCCGGUUGGGAGAAUAGCGGCACGUAUGCUUGCUCAGGCACAGAACAAUGGCCAAGACACGGAUGAAGAAGGCGGAGAAAACGCGUAUGAAAGAGUCAAGAAAAUGCUCAUGGCAGGAAAAGGGAAGCAGGAGGCCUCUACAACUGAACGGGAGGAAUCACUUGGAGACGCCGAGUCGAGCUCAGGUGAAGAACUGCCUGUUAGGCCAGCAGCAACCAGGAAGAUUGCUAGGGGUAUCCGCAAGCCCUCAGAAACUCCUAGGUCUGCCACUCCAGUUUCGCGGAGGUCGUCACCAGGGCUUUUCAUGUCCCCAUCCCGCCCUUCUCCUGCGAAAUCUACUGCGGACGGCGAAAAUGCCGCAGAUUCUGAUUCUGACAUUCCGGACCCGUUUGCCAAGUCAAGACUAGAUGAGCUUGUUGCUCGUAAAAGGGCUGAGAGGAAGGCAAGAGAAGAAGAACAGAAGAGGGAGCGCCAGGAGAAUCGUCGCAAGUCUAAGGCUUCUGCGAGAAAAUCGCGCCGCGAAGAGAAGCAGCUGAAUGGUGUUGAGACAGACAGCGAAGAUGAGGACGACAUUUCCAAAAAGCUCACGCAACAGUCACGACCGACGCGUAAGGCCAGCAAGAAGGCGAUUGAAGAAAUGAACAGAGAAACACAACGUAUGAACAGGAACAUGCAGCUGGCUCAUCAAGCACGGACAAAGAAGAAAUAUACAACCAAGGAUCUGUUCGCUAAGUUCAACUACGGUCAAGCAAAAGAGCAAGAGAAGGACACUCAGCAGAGCAACAAUACGACAAGCUCUAUUCCCGUAUCUUCUGAAGGCGAAAAUCUUGACAAAGAAACCCCUCCAAGUAGUCCUCCCAGCGCGGAUGAGAAGUCUCAGAAGCCAACUCGCAACAACGGUAUGGACUCUAACGAGUUUCCAGGGGACACUGUCAUUGAUAUCGGCCAAGAAGAAGACAGUGAUGGCGAACUUCCGGACCUGGGCAAAGUCUUAUCUCAACCCCGCAAAAUCGACAAAGGCAAAGGACGUGUCGGCGAGCCUGUUAAGCAAACAGUCUCCAAUCCCGAAGUCACGCAGCCAUCUGUGCCUGUUCCUCUGAACGAAACCAGGACCAAGGCCUUCCGUGUCGUUCUCCCUGAAAGAACCGUGGCGGCUCAUGACUCGGAUGAUGACGACCUCGAAAUCAUCAGGGAUACUCGUUUCCCCGUCUUUGACAAAAUCCCUGCUCGAAAGGCUCGCGAACCCGAAUCUUUGCUCAAACUUCGCUAUUUGGCACACUUGACGUCGCCAAGCAAGACGCGUCAGAAGGGGCGUGCCUCUAUGAACCCGGCCGAACUCCAAGACACACUCCAGCGCCGUGCUCGCGAACAAGCUAAGCGCGAGAAGGAGGAGAAGAUUGCGGAAUUGCGCGCACGUGGUAUCAUAGUCCAAACUGAAGAGGAACGCGAAACCGAUCAAUUGGAAUUGGAGAACUUGCUUGAGAAAGCAAGGAAAGAAGCCCAAGAGCUGGCUGUAAAGGAGAAAGAACAAGCCAAGAAAGAAGGCAAAGAUGUUGAUGGUGACGAACUGCCGGACAGCGAGGAUGACGAGAGCUACGUGGAGGAAGAGGAAGACCAAGAGCAAGAAGUGGAUCUCUCAGGCAGCGAAGACGAAGAUGAAAACGAGGAAGAAGAAGAAGAAGAAACUCGCACGGAUGGCGAUGGCCUCCUUAAUAACGAAGCUGACGAGGAUGACGAGGAACUCGAUCCAGAAGACGAAGAUAUGGCUGAUGCGAGGGCUGAAGACUCCGAGCGUGAAGAGGUAUCAAUUCCCAUCCGGCGCUCAACGACUGUUCGCCACCGUAACAGGGUAAUUGACGAUGAGGAUGAAGACAAUGAGGAAAAUAUGUCUAAAGCUAUUCUGAGUCAAUUUCAACUUCAACCUUCAACUACCCAGGACGAGACGAUGGCUGCAUUCGGCUUCACCGACGAUGCAUCGUUGCAACCUCAGCCCCAACCUUCGCCUGACCAGGAUGAAACUAUGGCUGCAUUUGGCUUCACCGAGGCUGCCCCUGCCGGUUUAAGCCAAAUGUUCGCCGGGACCAUGGCCGAAGCAGACUCGCAGCCGCAAGGCACUGGACCUGCCUUUGACGAUACCCAGCAGUAUUCCAUGGAUUACGCCAAAGACAUCCCUCUCUCUACAAUUCCCCCGUACCAAUCAACCGCGAUGGACUCGCAAGACUUCAUCAUCAAGGACAGCCAAGUGGCGGCGUCGCAAGCGGCCGAUAACGGCGCAAUGGACGUCAAUAUCGGAAUUUCUCAAUUUCCUUCGCAACGCGGAUUCGCGAAUACGCAGAUAUCCGAUAUGCCUGACCCAACGCAAGAUAACAGUUUCACAAUGUCCCGCACACCGGGGCGUCUGCUACGUGCACCAACUUCUACUUUCGAGACCGUCGACACGGUGGUCUUGCCUGAAGAAUCGCCAGUAGUCAAGAAAAAGGGCCGCUUGCAGCGCCGUAGUGAGGCUGCUGUCGUCCUUUCAGAUGUUGAUGACGAUCAAGACUCCGCUGCUGUGGCCGAUGCUUCAUCGGACGAAGAGUUUGCAAUUGCAGCCAACGCAUUCGACGUCAUGCGCAAGGGUGCAAAGAAGGCGAAGAAGGUGGACGCCUUCGACAAGAAGAGGAGCGCUGCAAAGGAGAUGGUUCAAGAGCAAGCUGAGGAGUCCGAAGACGAGUAUGCGGGCCUUGGUGGUGCCAGUGAUGAAGAGAGUGGCGGGGAAAUGGACGAGGAGUUGAAAGAGAUGAUCGAAGAGGGCGAUGUCAGGGUCAAUGAGCGGGAGAUUGCAGCCUUCUAUGCCGACAAGGAACGCGCGGACGACGAAAAGCGUAUCAACAAGCUUUACAAGGACAUCAACAAUGGUGGUCUUCGGCGCAAGCGUGGUGGUGACUUCGAACUCUCGGAUUCUGACGACGAUGCCGCUGAGCAGAGACGCAGGAAACAGCGUGAGUUUGCGCGCAUGCGGAAGGCAUUGCUUGAGGACGAGAAUAUCGGCAAGAUUGCAGAGAACCCCAAGAAGCUUGCUUUCUUCCGCGCCCUUGAAGACCAUGAUGACAACGAUGAAAUGGACUUCUUGGAUGAACCAGAGGAAGACUCGCAGUCUCAGUCUAUUUCGGACUCUCAGGAGCCCGCCGCAAGAACAGAAACUCCUCACCUCGAAACUGCCGCAGCCAAUGCGCCUCCAGCAAAUCCACUCAAGCGCAAGGGCACGUACGCCAACGAGAAUGACGAAAACCGACCACCAGCUGCUCAAAGGCGUACGAAAGAAAGUUCAUUCAAGAAGCCCACCACUAUCGCCGAGAUCCGUGAAUCCGUCUCCUUCCUCAUUGACGAGCCACUUGUCAAGGAGACGCAAUACUCCGACGACGAAGAUGAGGAAGACGACCACGCAGCCGGCCCCAGCAACGCACAAGCAGCUCGUGCCACCUUCACAUCUCGCCGCACAGACCGGAGCGCCAUCGUCGACCGGCUUUCGCUCGCGCGCUCCACGUCCAGCAACCUCAGUGAAGGCGCACCUGCCCGCGCUUCCAACGAGCCCAUGGCCUUCCACGCGCCAGCCACGUCCCACGUCCCCGGGUUCCGCGUCCCGUCACUCCUGCGCCGCGUCACGACGAACCUGUCGGCGACGUCGGAGACGGGGACUACCACGUACUCGAACGGUGGGUCGAGCGGUGGUGCUGGUGCCGGUGAGAGCGUCAGGAGAGGUGGUAGCAAGAAGAGCAAUAUCCACUACCAGGCGCGAGAGGCGGAGAGGAAGCGGGUGGUGGAUGCGUCGGAGAAGCGGAGGAAGGAGGGCUUGCGGAAGAAGGUCAGUUUGGGGGGUAAGAGGAGCGUGUUGGGUAUGUUGGGAAGUGCUGGCGGAGGGUUUGAGUAGGUGCCUCGCUGCUUUUAAGUUGUUUUUGUUGAUGGUGUGAGCUUGGUUAGUUUUUUCUUGUGUGCGUAAUAGCGGCCUCAUACUGGUGGUGUCUUUGGCGUUUUCUGCUUUGGGUGUAAUUUGUGUGAGGGAUGCGAAGUAUUAGGGGCAGAGGCUCUAUAACGCAACGUGUUUCAGCGUCUUCAAAGGUGUCAAAUAUGAAAGGCAUGCUUUUGCUAUAAAAUGUAUCAAUCGGCU